AUGGCCAGUCAUAAAAGAAGUGACUGUCGUGCUCAUGAUAACUAUCGAACCUGCCCUCGUUGUGGAGAAUCUAUUGAAAGGCCGCUGUUCCACAGGCAUGUGGGCAGCAAGGAAUGCCGCCCCGCUGGAGCCUAUGCAGCGAAAUGCCCGCUUUGUUCAGCGCUUAUAUUGCCAGACAAUGAAGAGUCAUGGAGGAGACACCUUACAACGCAGUGCAAAGUGAAUCCACGGAGAAGGACAUCUCAUGAGACCAAGAGAAACAGCGUCGGCAGCUUCAACUCGGUGUCGGCAAGUCACUGA